GAUGGAGGGUCUUGGGGAGGCAGGGUCAUAGGGAUGGGGGACCCCGGGCAUGUAGAAUCUGGGGUGUGGGAGAACCCAGGGAGGCAGGGUCCUGGGGAGGUGGGCUCCCUGCACUGGGGACACGGGACACCGGGGGUGGGGUGUGGUUGUGUGUGUCGUGUCCUACCCCUCCCCGCUGUGGGGUGCUGCCUGGGGUGCCACAUGGGACGGACCCUACCCAUCGCGGUGGUGUCGGGGCUGCUCGGCGCGAUGCGACCGGACACCCCGCUGGCUGCCUCCUCGGUUCCCGCCCCACCCCCCGCCCGGUCCCGCGGCCGGUCCCUCCCCGGUAGUGCGUCCCGCCCCGCCCCGCCGCGGUCAGGACCGCCCCCGCUCCCCGCUGCCGCCGGUGCAGCGGCCCGGCAUGGCCGCGCUGCCGCUGCUUGCCGCCGCCUGCCUGGCCUGCACCCUCGCCAUGUUUGGGACCGGCCUGUCUGACCUGCGCCAGAUGUUGGCAACCAAGAGUGUGGAGAACAUCCAGUUCCUGCCCUUCCUCACCACCGAUGUCAACAACCUGAGCUGGUUGGGCUAUGGCUGCCUGAAGCAGGACUGGACCCUGAUCACCGUCAACACCAUUGGGGUGGCACUGCAGACCCUCUACAUCCUGGCAUACCUCUACUACAGCCCUGCAAAGCGCCCCGUGCUGCUGCAGAGCCUGCUGCUCUUGGCCGUGCUGGCUGCUGGCUACGGCUACUUCACCCUCCUGAUUGCCGAUGCACGGACGCGCCUGGCACGCCUGGGGCUCUUCUGCAGUGUCUUCACCAUCAGCAUGUACCUCUCACCGCUGGCUGACCUGGCCAAGAUUGUCCAGAGCAAGUCGACGCGUUGCCUGUCCUUCCCCCUGACCAUCACCACCUUCCUGGCCUCCACCAGCUGGACGCUCUACGGCCUGCAGUUCCAUGACCCCUACAUCACGGUGGGUUGGGGCAGCGGGCAGCCAAGGGAUGCUCUCCCGUCCUGUCCCGUCCUGUCCCGUCCUGUCCCUGCCCCAUGGCAUUCGGCUGAGUGGUUGGCACCAGGCCGACCCCUGUCCAGCGUCGUGUGUGUCUCACAGCAAAGCCCGUGACUAGGCUCAGCGAGAUGAGUAUUGAUUUUAAUUAAUUAGAUGGUAUAAGGCCAAUAAAUCUCCCCCAGCAACACAGGGCUGGUGGAGCAGCGAUGGGGGAGGGCAGGAGCGCCAUGAGCCAGGUAGACCCACUCCCCCCCUCCCCCGCAUCAUGUCCUCCUGCAGGUCCCGAAUGUGCCAGGGAUUGUCACCAGCAUCGUGCGGUUCUGGCUUUUCUGGCGGUACCCGCCAGGCCAGGACAAGCCCUACAGACCCCUGCAUGCCUGAGGGGGCCCCACUGGCCCCCCCAAGGAAGGAGCUCACGCACUGUUGGACUGAUGAAGGAUCCCUCAACCCUUGCCAGUUUGCUCCAGCGUGGACUGGCCCCAGCCACUGAGCCCCAGGUGCCAAGGGCUGCCCACUCCUGGCAGGACAGGGGCCCUGGGAGGGCACCUCCUGCCUUUGUGGUUCACUCUCACCGGCAUCCCUCCAGCCCUUGGUCCUUCGGUGAUGGUUGGAUUGGUCUCAGCAAUGCCUUUGGGGUGCCAGGAGCCCCCCCCCCCCCCCCCCAAGUUCCUGGGCACCCCGCCUGUCCCCGGGGACCCCCGGACAGUCUUCCAUGCCCACGGCUCUGCCCCAGCACCAGGCUGGGGCUGCCGGGAAGCCCUGUGUCUCUCUUGUAUGAAUUUAAGUGCCUUUUAAUAAAUCAGAGACUGAAGA